GAUAAUUCCAUUUUGCACAAGUACUAAUGGCGAAACAGUGUUGUAAUAACGUGUGUCAUUUAAAAGUUUUAAAAAAUGUUUGGUGUUUUUUAUAAUUUUAAAAGUUUUGCAAUACAGUGGACUGCAUAGAUCAGUUAUUUAACAGUCUUUUUUCGUGAAUGAAUUCGCCACUGGAAACAUGUAUGGAGCAGAAGAAGGGGAAUUUUCAGCAGCAGCGGAAGCAAUAGCCCGCCUUUCAAUAAGCACCCAAAUCCAGCACCCAAACAAUGAACGAAGAUGGCGACUUUCAUAUUUAAAAGCCCAAUUCGAAUCCCUGGAGCUCCACCAACUCUUCCGCAGAUACGGCCAGCGCAUCAGCCACGGCUACUUUUCCCAAUUUUUAUCCCUCCAAAUCAUCCUCAUCACCAGCCAUUUCAUAACACUACUAGCCGCAUCUAAUCCCGAUCAAGUGAUUCCUGAUCUGAUCCUCUACGGUUUAAUCUCACUCUUCUCAAUUCUUCUCUUAAUCAUCACCGACAAAUACGUCAAAGCGCACCCAAAGCUCCUCACAAUUCUCGCCGGGGCCGCUUUCAUCACCACCUUCUUCAUGAACUUUUUCAUCCCUCUUUACUACAAGCACCACAAGUUGCGGCCAGCCUACACCACCUAUUUGAUCAUUUCAAACUACAUUUUCCUCAACAUCCAUAACAAUAUUGUUGCGAUUGCUUUGGGCAUUUUUGUAUCAAUUUUCCAUCUAGUCACGCUGAUUCUAGUGACGUACGAGGACCACGAUAGACUCCUCCAGAGACUCGGCUCUGAUAGCAUUUAUUUGGUUUGCACUAACAGUCUCGGGAUUUAUUUUCGUUACAUGAACGAAAUUGUGUUCAGGAGGAGUUUCCUCGAUCGCAGAUCUUGCGUCGAAUCCACUCACCAGCUGAAAUUUGAGGAGGAACAAGAGAACCAUCUCUUGUCUAGUAUUAUCCCCCAACAUAUUAUAGCAAAAGUGAAGAAAACUCUAGUCGACUUUAUUAAAAUUAAUGAAGUGCGGGGCAACUGUGUUAAAUGGAAACCAUUUGAUGACAUUUACGUGGAGGAGCACCCGAAUGUGAGCAUUCUAUUCGCCGACAUUGUCAAUUACACGGCAAUGACGACGGAAUUAAGCGUCACAGACUUAUUGGACGUUUUAAACGAGCUAUUUGGGCGUUUUGAUGACGCCUCUGAACAGCUCAAAGUUCUAAGAAUCAAAUUUUUGGGUGAUUGUUACUACUGUGUGGCUGGACUACCCCCCGACCCGGCCCCAAACCACGCCGAAGCUUGCGUCGAUUUGGGACUAAAAAUGAUCGCAAUCAUUGGCGAUAUAAGAGAGAGGAAAAAACUGAACAUAAAUAUGCGAAUUGGGGUCCACAGUGGGAGCAUCAGUUGCGGAAUCAUUGGAAACAUCAAGUGGCAAUACGACAUCUGGUCCAAGGAUGUCGACAUCGCCAACAAAAUGGAAACGGAAGGAAGCGCAGGGAUGGUUCACGUGACUAAAGAAACUAAAACUCUUUUACGGAAACCCUACCAAAUCACAACAUCGAAGAAGAUCGUAAACGGUGCCCGGACUUACCUGAUAGCCCCUCAGAGCGCUCCGGUCGCGCUUCCGGUCAAGGAGCCCAUCGCCAACACCGGAAGUGUCCCACGGCCGUCCAUAUUCGUUAAAAGGACCAGUAUCGUCCCCAAUGAUGUUAAAAAUAUGCAAAACUCGCGUAGUUACUCCCUUAUUAGCAAUUAUCGCUCAGCUUCGGAAAAUUUUGAGCCGGAAAAUGAGCUUUCCAAUGGGAAACGCCACACUUUUCCCAACUCGACCGAACGCAGGAUUAGUGGCAACCCGGGGGGGCAGUAUCAAAGGAGGCCUAGUGGAAAUACGAGAUUUUCCACCGAUCGCAGACUCACCAAUGAGCGAAAACGGAGGACGGCCUUCAUGAACAACAACAUCAAGAGGUACAAGGAGAGGUUGGAGGAGACCAAUAAGGAGCUUGAGGACACAAUCGAGAACAUGUUACUGUCAAAAUAUGAGCAAUGGUUCAAAGCCAGCGACAUGUUCCGAUUACUUCUAGUAUUCAAGGAUUUAAAAAUUGAAAUGGAUUUUAUCAAAAUGCCAGACCCUUUAUUCAAAUAUUAUCUACUAAGCGAGGUCUUACUUGUCCUUUUAGUCUUCAUUUUGCAGAAUUUGACCCUCUCGAAGUGGGAUUGGCCCGAAUGGCCCUUCUAUGUGACUCUUGGGGUUUUACUUUUCUUCUUUUUGCCCCUGUCUUGGGCCCAUCACUGGUGGGCUAAAUUUUUUGCGAAAAUCGACCAUGACAAACCUAGGUCAAAAACCGUGGGUUUUUUUCUCGAAGCAUCAAAACUUGUGACUAAUAAUGCGUUGAUUCGGGUUGUGAUAUACACUACUGUUUAUCUUUUGUUUUGUGUGUGCGUCUUGACUGAAUGGUUAGAGUGUUACUCUGAGACUCAGCAUGUGAACCACACGAAUGUUAGGUCGAAUUUUCUUGAGUUGAUUGGUCAGGAGGAAAAUGCGACGUUGCAAAGCGAUGUUGACACUCAUUGUAUCAUCCCUUGGCACAUGACUGAAACUUGCGCCCUGGCCAUAAUAAUGAGUUUCCUGUUUCUGCGAAUGUACAUGUGGCUGAAACUGUUCUACGCCACUGCGAUCGCUGGAGUGUACUCCUACUGUAUUUUGAAUUUCAGUGGUACCUUCUAUGGGGACAGCCAAACUUUCAACGUGAGUCUCCCUCCCCAAGUCUCGCAUGUGAUGGGGGUGCUCUUCCUGACGGUUAUUUUCCAUCUCGUGGACCGCCAAACCGAAUACAUGAACAGAAUUGACCAUUUGUGGUACAAAAAUUUGAUCGAAAAAGAGAAACAAGCCAGUUAUGUCCAUCACGUUAAUAAUAUUCUUCUGGAGAAUAUUUUACCGAAACAUGUUGCCGAACUUUACCUGAAUGUCAAUAGACACUCCUCCGAGGAGGUCUACCACGAGUACUACAACGAGGCCGCUGUUAUGUUUGCCUCAAUAACGAAUUUUUCGGUCGAGGAGAUGGGGCAGGGGUUUUUGGAGAAAAUGAGCUCAGUUAUCAGCGAAUUCGACUUGUUAUUGAGACAAAACAAUUACGGCCGCCCUAUCGAGAAGAUCAAAGUUGCUAAAUGGACCUAUAUGGCGGCUUGCGGUCUCGCCCCGGGCUUGGGCGACACCGUCAACAUCGAAAAGGACCACCGAGACCACACUGUGAUCUCCUUGUUGAAAUUCGCCACUCAUUUGAUGCAAACUUUGAAAAAACUCAACCAUGAAAUGUCACAAGAAAUGAAACUCCGAAUAGGAAUAUCUCAUGGUUACAUCGCCGCCGGUGUAGUGGGUUCGAAAAAACCCUUCUACGACAUAUGGGGUGAUCCGGUGAACAUGGCCUCUCGAAUGGACACCACCGGGCUUGAAAACUGCAUCCAAGUGCUUAAGCCGACGGCCGAAAUCAUCAAAAGCUUCAAAUAUAAGUGCGAAUGUCGAGGGAAAGUUGAGGUGAAAGGACGAAAAAAGCCGGUUACCACAUAUUGGGUACUUUUGGAUGAUAAUUUCAAUCUAGUAACAGAGGAUAAUGCAGAAUAGAGUCAAACAAAGGUGCAGUUUGUGGUGCUUCCUUGUCCUGAAAACGAUGGUUUGCAAAAAUAUUUUUUUUAUUGCCAACUCACUUUCUCCCUCUUGGAUGAAUUGGAGCGAGACGACGAGGUAUGUGGCGAUUGAGGACAACACCUGGAAAAAAACUACUAUUUUGAAGCGCAAAUUGGCAUCCAGGGACUAGUCUUAUAAUACACUCUAUUAUUUAUAAUAAUUUAUUUGUACAUAUUUUUAUAAUAAAAAUUUGAG